AUGGAACGCGACUGGGUCGAGUGUCUGGCAGAACUGCGCCAAUUCGCCUCUUCCCUUACACCUGCGGAAGCCCGUUACCUGAAGAUGAUUCUGCGAACAUCCGGCAAACCCGACAUCAUCUACGAACUACCCGUGGAAAUCGUCGCGCAUAUCACAACAUACCUGAAAGCCAAGGACCUUGCAUUUUGUCUGGCUGUGUCGACUGGUUGGCGCGAUAAACUGCUAUCCGAUGUCAUCAUCGAUCGUUUCACGCGCCGCUGGCCUUGCUUGAGGCAGAGCCACGCAACAAAGGCCGACUUUCUUGCCAUGCUUAGCAGUAUAUUAUGGGGAUCACAUGGGCACAAAACGGCUCACCGUCGUGCUGGAGCCACGCGGCUUUUCCCCUGGGAUAAUGACACCUUCUACGAGCCUGCUACUGAAGUACGCCACAUCGGUCAAAGUAAAAGUGACGGGAUGUGCAAUACCCCUGAGGGGAGGAGUCCAUCUACCUUCUACCAUGAGGGCAAGCUAGCGUGGCUCGCAAGUGAUGACACUCUUGUUGUGCUUGACGAUUUCAAGCUGAGGACGCGAAGGUUAUUCACUGUGCCAACAGGUCUUCUUUCUGGACCGCGUGUAUGGCCCAUGGGGCUUGGGUCGGAACUGCUCGUUGGCAGUGUAGGGAACCUUCUGGUUGCUUGGGACCAUGUGACCAACCAGUAUCAGGAGAAGAAACUUCCUGCACAAGCAAAGCGAUGCGCCAUCCAGGGACGCAACGUCGCUAUCGUCCUCUUCGGGGGAGGUGUUAUGCUCUGGACCUUUGGAGGAAAGCUCUUGGAGCUCACAACAUCGCCUGUGCUCUCCCAUCUAGCUCUGAUCUUCGACGAGGAGGCGACUAAAGCCUGGAAAACCAACCUUCAUGUCUUUAUCCAUCCUCGCGAUGAUAGCACGCUGUUUUUGGCGUCUGGCUACCCAAUCACUGGCGAUCAACAUCCUCAUCCUGCCGUCCGACGAACGCUUCACGAAUUCAAGAACGCGGACUAUAUCCAGACAACCUCGUUCGAAGGCCGCCGCUGGCCGCACGUGGCUGAAGCCCCACUCGAUAUCCGUCUCGUGACGAACGAAACUCAUAUGAUCGACUUCGGACUACUCGAGGACGACGAAGGACAUGGACGCCUGCGUGGCGUCAUCUUUGACCUCUAUCGCCGGAGAUUCUCCACCAUCUCCGAUGGCACCUCUGAGAAUGAAGAGGACUGGCGUCACAUAACCUGGAACUGCUCCUUUAAAGAGGGGGAGGAAUUGCGCUCUGACCUGGACUAUAGAGUGACAUUGCACGAUCACGGAUACCAGGUAAUAAGCUUGCAACCCGGGGUCACGCUCUAG